AUGUUCAGGCCCAUCAUCAUUGCUAUUGCGACUGUCCAUUUCACUGAAAUUCCCCUCACCUUUGCUGGACCUCCACUUCUCUACUCACGGUGCCCUGGUGUGGUGCUGCCAGCUGUGGUGAGGGCUAGGAAAAGAGUUUGCUUGGAGCCCUGGGUUAUUGGCCUUAUCACCUUUAUAUCCUUGAUUGUCCUGGCAGUGUGCAUUGGACUUAUUGUUCAUUAUGUGAGAUACAGCUUUGAUGUUCAAACGGUAACCAAAGAAGCUAAUCAGUUGAUGCUAAUUCAAGAGGAUUAUGGAAUACUGGCUCAUAUGCUGCUAAUUUUUAAAUUUCGUUCUACUGAAAAUCCUGAAAACAUAAAUAAAAAUAUUCAUCGCUUUCUACAUGAGAAGUUGCAACAUGCUAUAGGACCCCCUAAAGUAGAUCCUGAGUCAGUGGAAAUUAAAAAAAUCAACAAGACAGAAACAGACAACUAUCUGAACAGUUGCUGUGGAACACGCAGGAAUAAAUCUACUGGGCAAAGCCUCAGGAUUGUUGGUGGCACAGAGGUAGAAGAGGGUGAAUGGCCCUGGCAAGCUAGCCUGCAAUGGGAUGGAAUCCAUCGCUGUGGGGCAGCCUUAAUUAAUAGCACAUGGCUUGUGAGUGCUGCUCACUGCUUUAGAAUGUAUAAAGAUCCACGCAGAUGGACUGUUUCUUUUGGGGCCACACUAAAGCCUUCAAAAGAGAAACAAGGUCUCAAGAGGAUAAUUGUCCAUGAACAACACAAACACCCAUCACAUGACUAUGAUAUUGCAGUUGCAGAGCUUUUUAGACCUGUUACCUACACAAAUGCUGUGCAUAGAAUUUGCCUUCCUGACGCUUCCCAUGCAUUCCACCCAGGUGAACAUAUGUUCGUAACAGGAUUUGGAGCAGUUAAAAAUGAUGGUACAAGUCAAAAUCGUCUUCGGCAAGUGCAAGUGGAUCUGAUAAGCACUAAAACAUGCAAUGAACCUCAGGCUUACAAUGGUGCCAUAACUCCUAGAAUGAUAUGCGCUGGCUUCUUGAAAGGAAAUAGAGAUGCAUGCCAGGGUGACUCUGGAGGACCACUGGUUAGUCCAAAUGCUAGGGAUAUCUGGUAUCUUGCUGGAAUAGUGAGCUGGGGAGAUGAAUGCGGGAAACCCAACAAGCCUGGGGUGUAUACAAGGGUGACUGCCUUCCGGGACUGGAUCGCCUCCAAAACUGGUGUCUAA